GCCGGGUUGCGUUCUUGUCUGGCCGACGCAGGCCGAACCGGACCGAGGAGAACCGAGCGGGGCCGAGGCCGGCGGCGCGGCGGCUCUGAGCUGAGGUGGCAGGGCGCACCCUACCCAGCGGCCAGGCGGAGCCAAAGAUGCUGGCUUCUGCCACGCCGCCCCUCCCGGGCUCCCAGCCGCCUCCGGCCUCGCCCUUCCCGCUGCUGCUUCUGGCGGUGCUGAGCGGCCCGGUAUCCGGCCGCGUACCCCGCUCGGUGCCCAGGACCUCGCUUCCUAUCUCCGAGGCUGACUCCUAUCUCACCCGGUUCACCGUCCCUCAGACAUACAAUUACUCUGUCCUCCUCGUGGAUCCUGCUUCCCAUACGCUUUAUGUUGGCGCCCGGGACACCAUCUUCGCUUUAUCCCUCCCCUUCUCACGGGAGAGACCCCGAAGGAUUGACUGGACGGUGCCUGAGGCCCACAGACAGAACUGUAGGAAGAAGGGCAAGAAGGAGGAUGAAUGUCACAAUUUUGUCCAGAUUCUCGCCAUUGCCAAUGCCUCUCACCUCCUCACUUGUGGCACCUUCGCUUUUGAUCCGAAGUGCGGGGUUAUUGAUGUGUCCAGUUUCCAGCAGGUUGAAAGACUUGAGAAUGGCCGGGGGAAAUGUCCUUUUGAGCCAGCUCAGCGGUCAGCAGCUGUAAUGGCUGGGGGGGUCCUCUAUGCUGCUACUGUGAAAAACUACCUGGGGACGGAGCCGAUUAUCUCCCGGGCUGUGGGUCGCGCCGAGGACUGGAUUCGGACAGAGACCUUGCCAUCCUGGCUUAACGCCCCAGCUUUUGCUGCAGCCGUGGCCUUGAGCCCAGCCGAGUGGGGGGAUGAAGAUGGAGAUGAUGAGAUCUACUUCUUCUUUACGGAGACUUCCCGAGCAUUUGACUCAUACGAGCGCAUUAAGGUCCCACGGGUGGCCCGUGUUUGUGCGGGGGACCUUGGGGGCCGGAAGACUCUCCAGCACCGAUGGACGACAUUUCUGAAGGCUGACCUGCUAUGUCCAGGGCCUGAGCAUGGCCGGGCCUCCAGUGUUCUGCAGGAUGUGGCCAUUCUCCGACCUGAGCAUGGAUCGGAGACCCCCAUCUUUUACGGCAUUUUUUCCUCCCAGUGGGAGGGGGCGGCCAUCUCUGCUGUCUGUGCCUUCCGACCACAAGACAUACGGACAGUGCUGAAUGGUCCCUUCAGAGACCUGAAACAUGACUGCAACAGGGGACUGCCUGUCAUGGACAAUGAUGUACCUCAGCCCAGACCUGGAGAGUGCAUCACCAACAACAUGAAGCUCCAGCAGUUUGGCUCAUCGCUCUCGCUGCCUGAUCGUGUGCUCACCUUCAUCCGGGACCACCCCCUCAUGGACAGGCCAGUGUUUCCAACAGAUGACCAUCCCCUGCUUGUCACUACGGAUACAGCCUAUCUCAGAGUUGUGGCCCACAGGGUGACCAGCCUCUCAGGGAAAGAGUACGAUGUGCUCUACCUGGGGACAGACGACGGACACCUCCACCGAGCAGUGCGGAUUGGAGCCCAGCUCAGUGUCCUGGAGGAUCUGGCCUUAUUCCCAGAGCCACAGCCAGUUGAGAGUAUGAAAUUGUAUCAAAACUGGCUCCUGGUGGGCUCCCGUACUGAGGUGACACAAGUGAACACAACCAACUGUGGCCGUCUCCAGAGCUGCUCAGAGUGCAUUCUGGCCCAAGACCCCAUGUGUGCCUGGAGCUUCCGGCUGGUUAUGUGUGUGGCCCAUGCUGGGGAGCAUGGCGGGCUGGUCCAAGACAUAGAGUCAGCAGAUGUCUCUUCUUUGUGUCCCAAAGAGCCUGGAGAACGCCCAGUAGUGUUUGAAGUUCCCGUGGCUACAGCAGCACAUGUGGUCUUGCCAUGUUCCCCAAGUUCAGCAUGGGCGUCCUGUGUGUGGCACCAGCCCGGUGGAGUGACUGCACUUACCCCCCGGCGGGACGGGCUAGAGGUGGUGGUAACCCCAGGCGCCAUGGGUGCUUAUGCCUGCGAGUGUCAGGAGGGGGGGGCUGCCCGGGUGGUAGCUGCUUACAGCUUGGUGUGGGGCAGCCAGCGGGGUCCCCCAAGUCAGGCCCACACAGUAGGGGCUGGACUGGCCGGCUUUCUCCUGGGGGUUCUUGCAGCAUCCCUGACUCUCCUCCUGAUUGGUCGGCGUCAACAGCGACGGCGACAGAGGGAACUUCUGGCUAGAGACAAGGUGGGCUUGGACCUAGGGGCCCCACCGUCUGGGACCACGAGCUACAGCCAGGACCCUCCCUCUCCUUCUCCUGAAGAUGAGCGGCUGCCCCUGGCCCUGGCCAAGAGGGGCAGUGGCUUUGGUGGCUUCCCUCCACCCUUCCUGCUCGAUCCUUGCCCGAGCCCAGCCCACAUUCGGCUUACUGGGGCUCCUCUAGCCACAUGUGAUGAAACGUCCAUCUAGGGCAAGUGACUACUAGUGCACGGGUGACCGCUGGAGGGGGAUGACCAUCGAGAUGCUGGGGGUACUGGGCCUGGAAGACAGUCAUGGGCUCUGAGUUCUCUUUGGUCUUUGCGUCAUCACCUAGACUUCUAUGUCUGCCCUCUCCGGGCCUUCCUGGGCUUGGGGCCAAGCCUGUGCUUGAUCUCCUGAUUCCCAUGAGAGAUCAGAGCUGCUGUCUCCAGUGAAUCAGGACUUUGCCCACCUCUGCCCUCUGAACCGCUGUGACCCCUUCAGCCUUGGCCCCCUAUCUUGGGCCCAUUAGUUUGGGGAUAGGGAACAGGACAUCGCUCUGACUUUGCCUUCUGGUGGGCCCUGACCGGAAGGAAGAGUGCUAGAGGUGGUGGGGGGCUAGUGUGCAUUAAGUCCUUUUGUUCAUUCUCUUAGUUUAUCGGAUUCUCUGUGGGGAGUGCAUGAUCCCCAUGUUGCAACGUGAAAUCUCUGCCCUGAGGUGCCCUCCAACCCAGUUGUCCUUCCAUGAAAGAGUGUGUGUCAGUACACAGGUGUUUGUGGGAGGCCUGGCCACAUGUGCAUGCAUGACUGGGCCAGUGCUCAGGUGUACUCCUGCGGGGUCAGAUGGGGGAAGGUGGGAACGAGGCCUUGCCUGCAGAACUUCAGACCCUGUAGCCAGUGAAGGAAUGGCUUUCCUUUCUAAAAGGAAACAAACCACCGACCCAUCCUCAUCACCUCCCACAGCCCUUCUCUUGAGUAGAGGAAAAACUCCCAAAGUGACCUUUUGGGUGGGAGGGGAGGGACGGACAGCAGUACACAUGACCCCAUCAUUGUCUUUAUUUUUGCCUUCCGGCUACCACCACUGCCACACACAGCUGUUUUUUCUCUGGCUGGAGUAUAGGCUGAACCUCCUUUGGCUGCCGUUAAAAAACUUCACAGCAUUCUAAGUAUUAAGGGACAACAAAAGGGGAACCGUCAUAGGAAAUAGAAGUUGCAUAAAAAUAGGUUUGUAUUGCCUUUACUCAGGUUGACACCCUUGCCCUAAGUCAAAAGUUCUCCACCUGGGGUCCAUAGACUCCCUGAAAUCAUAUGCAAAAUAUUGUCUGUACAUGUGAGUCUGUAUUUUUAUGGGGGGUGGGGUGGGUGGGUAUGGCUUUCAUCAGCUUCUCAAGGCCUUAACGAAGUUAAAGGACUGUGCCUCGAGGUCGCCACCCAGUGGUCAAGCUGAGGGAGUGCCACUCAGCGGCAGUUCUUCCUGCCCCACCGUCCCUUCCCUGUGGUCAGCCCCUGGACUCGAAGCCGCUGGAUGCCCUCUUGUUUCUCUGGUCUCUGGAAGCUGGGCUCUGCGUAUAUUUGAAGAUACUAUCAACUCCUACCAAACAAAGACCUCUUCCUGCUUCACAGCUCCUGGAUGCUCUAGGCUUCUCCUGCUCAGUUCUGGUCUUGGCCUGUGUAUGUGCCUCCUUCAUCCCUUGUAAGGGACCCCCUUGAACUCCAGUGAAUGAUCCAGCCCUUCCCAGUUGAAGUUUUCAGCUCUACUUUCCUUGGCAGCAACCUGUGAACUAUUCAAGAGAGUCCCCUUGGUUUUGGAAUUACCAGUGGCUUUGCCGCUAAUAUGUGUAUGAUUUUCAGCAAGUAAUCUAAUGCAGGAACAUUGGUUUACUCAUCUGUGAAGUGGGGAUAGUAAUACCUACCUCAGGGUUGCUGCAAGGAUUUAAUGGGAAAACAUGUAAACAAUAAACACUAUCUAUACCAUAGAUGUUGUUAUUAUAAAAAUUGACCUAUGAUGCCAUAAUCCUAAAGCUGAACCGUAUGAUAACCGUGACACAUGCAGUCCCUGUAAGCCCCAUUCUCUGGGAGGAGGAUCGUUGCCUCACGCAGAUAUCCUGUUCUGGGUCAUCUCUGGCCAGAUCCUAGCUGCUGGUGUCCAGGUUUUGGGAGGCUGGGCCUGUGGUUUCUAUGAUCCUGUGACAUGCCUGAGCUUAGUGACCUUCUUAGUCCUAUAUGAGAAUGGAGGAAGUCUUGUAUUCUUGUGUUUAUCUUUACUUUGUUCUCUUGAGGUUAUGGGUUCCAUUUUGGGGUAGGAGAGAGGUGAGGAGAUGUCAGAGGGGCCUGGGGUCUCUUAGAGGAGGAAAGGGACCAGCUCACAGUGGAUUUGGGGCAUUUGGCCUGGUUGGAGGAAAAUGAGACAAGGGAAAAAAUGAGGAAGAGGGAGAUAGGCAUGAAGGGAAAACAGCCACCUCUUGGUUGGUGUGAGGUUCACGGCCCCAAAGUGAGUGAUCGCACAGGAACAUAAAGAAAUAGUGAAUAACUGAUUGCAUGAUUUUUUACCUGUGAAGGUGUGUGAGAACGGAGAGGGUCUGUCUGUGGAUAGGGGAGCCAGAGAAGGGUGCAGGGUUCCUGCAGGGAGAGUUGUGAGGAUUCUGGCAACUAGAGAUGUGCCUGGCUUCACACGUUAAAGCAGCCACGGGGAGGGGGACAGGGAGGGUUGGGCCUUGUGUUUGUGUUUAUCCCCUGAUUCCAAAGAUGGCCCACUUUCUGGCCCUCACUCUUAAAUUCUCCUCUGUUUUUGGCUCUGGCCCCUAGUCCAUAAAUUGUGAUUCUCGGCUUGCCCCUAACCAGUGGUCUGCUGCUACCCACGUGGCCUUACCAAAAGAGCCAGAGAGAAUGCUUGCAGUUGACUCAUACAAGCCAAGUGAGCUCCAGCACACCGCUGGCCCUAACCCAGCAGGAGGCUGAUUCACUUCCUUUCUCAGGCACCCUCCCUUUCCCUAGCAGGACUGCAAGUUCACUGGUGGCUCAGUGAUGGCAGGAAAAGGAUUCUUUCCAUAUCUGCUGGGUUCUGACCCUCCUGGCUACUAUGUCCCUGUCAGAGGGGGGCAGUCAUGGCUACCACUGACUGUUCUUGGUCAACUGCACACAGAUUGUGUUGCAGGGGUCUGGGAAUAAGACUGUCCUUUUUGGUUGUAGCAGAGGCAAGACUGGAAUUUUUAAAAAAUCAUCUUCACCAACUGAAGGAGAAACUAGCAAUAAAAAUAACAAAACAUAGUUCUGCCGUUGUUUUUAAAUGCAGACCCUUGGUGGGGUCUAGGGAUGUACCUCUCUGUGACAUGGCAAUUUGUGUGGCCAGUAGAUAGCAGGUGUGGUCCAGAGUGGCCCAUCUGGAUUGAUGCAAAACACCAGGUCCUGGUUGAGGUAGGGAAGAGCAAGCCAUAGAAUGAUCUAGCUUCCUGAGGAUGUUAGAUGAGGCCAGGUAUGGUUGGAAGGGUGCAGACAGGAGAUCAGGGAGCUGCUCCAGGCUCUAUGGAGGAAUCAGUGCAAGCCAUGAACUCUCUGCCUCUCUCUUUUUCAAGAACUCCCAGCCAUGGGACUAAGCCUUUCCCUAGACAUCCGGGUCCUGGGACUCAGGGCCACAGGUGAAUCUCCGACCUGCCUACUGGUGGGUAUGGUAAUCCUCAUUUAUGUCAGAGUUGGCACCCCUCUUGUGGACUCCGAGCUUGGCAGACCACAAGCUAAGGACUUUCAUUAUCUGUGGCUGGAGCCACAGUUGGAACAGGAGGAAUCAGCAACUGAUACUGGCCCCAAAGACCCACGUCCCACCCUCAAGCUCAAGCAAGGACUUUGAGUUGAGGAGGCUAGGAAUAAAAUCCUCCCGGGGCUGGGUUCACUCCAGGGACUCUCUGACAGUUAAGAAUUGAGGAGGCUGAUUAGACCUCUCUGGUAGAGGCUUAGGCAGAGCACUCAUGGGGCAAGUCCAGGCCCGGGGCCUUGAGAGGCAUACUUCCUAUCUGUCGGUUAAGGGGUUCUAAUCAGCCUCGGAUAGAUUCACUGGAACUCUCCCCUGCAAGCCCGAGAAUGCCAAGACUUGGCACCCAUUGCCAGCACUCUCCUUUUAAGACACGUCAUUGUGUGUGAUAGGUAAGCUCCUGUUCCUUCCCCUAGAAGAAGCAAGGAGGCAGGAGUGGCCCUUCCCUGAGGUGAAGAUGGGGAUGGCUAUUGUAUUCUUCAGUGACGUAGACUUACCCCUUGCUUCCAUGCAGCUUCUCCACAAGCUCUGGGGGGAGAGAAUGUAUGGAUGUUGGAGACAGUCAUGACCUUUGAGGUUAUGGGGAAGUGUCCCCAUGUUUAGUGUAGAAGGAUGGAGCUGCCUACCUUUUGUCUCUGUCAGCGCAGAUGAUGAACUUCUCAUCACUGAUCAUAGGAACCAGACUCUUCUGCCCUUCACCGGGAGCUGCCCUAAGUUUCCUGAAUUCACUUUCAAUUCUAGAGAGAAGGAUGGCCACCCCAAGAUGGCUGAAAUAGAAUAUUUUCCCCCAGAAGUGACUGGGAGCUGAGAAUCCGUUAAUUUGAUUUAUAGAAAUAAAGUAAUUUUUUUUGUACCUGUGGGUUCAUGGAGAAAAAUUCAUGCCCACUGUAACUAAUAGCAUUUCUGAAAUUGGCUGAGUGCAGAGUGCUGGCAUUAUGAACUGGCCUAUAGAGUGAGAGAGCAGACUGGAUUGUGGGCGGGGUGGAGCUAAGUGAGCACUAGGGGCCUGAAGUGAAGAAGGAGGACCUUCCCGUAACCCUUUGCAGGAGCCAUUCACCCUAAUGUAGCUUCUCCUCACAGAUAUCCACCAAAUCAAUCUUUUAUCAGACUCAAAACCCGUCACCUCUCACAUGUACUGGAUUUAGAUAAUCUGUGGUUUUGUCAUAAUACUAUAGCUCAUCAUAAGUUGUGAUCACCUGUACUCAAAAAAAAAAAAGAAAAAGGGCACGUGAACCUAUGGAGUCCUAGCUGAGAAACCAAGAUGUCCUCAUGCUACUUCUACAAAGGUUUAUGACAAAACCUUUGCUUUGCUGGAUAAGUUUGUAUUCUUUCAGGCAUUUACUGCUGUACUAGUCAGGACAGGUUUUGUUAUGAUAUAAUAACAAACAACCGGAUACUCUUAGUGGCUUCCAACAGCCUGUUUCUUUCUUACAGUACUUUCAGGAAGUUCUGACACAUUCUACAACAUGGAUAGACCUUGAGGACGUGAUGAGAAGUGAAGGAAGCUAGUCACAAACAGACAAAUACUGUAUGACUCCACUUCUGUGAGGUACUUAGAGUAGUUACAAUCAUAGUGACAGAAACUAGAAUGGUGCUGACCAGGGCCUGGGGGUGAGGAGGGUGGGGGGGAUUGUUUAAUGGUGACAGAGUUUCAGUUUUACAAGGUGAAAAGAGUUCUGGAGGGGAGGGUGCUCGUGGUUGCACAAUAUGAAUGUCCUUAACACCACUUAAAGGUGAUUAAGAUGGUAAGUUUUAGGUUACGUGUAUUUUACCACAAUAAAAAAAAUGGGAAAAGGAAGUGAGGAAGACAUAGUCCCUGCCCCCUUGAAGCUCCUAAUUCAGUGGGGAGGCAGACAAGGGAGCAGAUAACACACUUUGAAAAAAACUGUUGUCAAAGUGUGUCCCAAAUCUGGGCAAACCCAAAGACACCCCUUUCUGGAUACAUCUCUUCUUACCUGGUGGCUUGAGAAACAGACCUGAGACACCAACAGAAGGCUUUGUGCCCCUACCUGGACUGGCUCGAAGCUACGGACACAGUCCGAUGUAGCAGAGUCUAGUGAGAUCCGUAUGCCUCAUCUGGUCCUUGUCGUGUAUCCAAUUUUACACAAUAGAACUUUUAAAAACAAGAUGUGCUUUGGUCUACGAAACUGGCAAAGAUAAAAAAAAAAAAGAUUGAUGAUACUUUGUGACUUUGUGGUGAUGAGGGUUUGGGGAUGGGGAAUUGGGUAUUCUAUCCUAUUGUUGAGAGUGAAAUUAGUCUACGCUCUAUGGAAAGCAUUCUGGUGAU